AUGGCCCCAAAUGCGUCACGGUGCCCACGUGCAAGAAUUACCCGUGUCCAAAAGGUAGGCAGGGCGCAUGGGGGACCUGGGAUGUGUCCUUCCCAUAAGGGCGUCCCAUAAGGGAUAUGGGAAUGGAGUGUGGGGUGAGGGGGGGAGGUCCCAGUUCAUCCCAUUGCCAGCUUGUAGGAUCAGCAGUGGUGAUUUGGGAUCAGUGUGGGAUUGUAGAUGGGAUGUCCCAGUUCAUCCCAUUGCCACCCUAUAAGGAUUCCCAUGGUGAUUUAGGAUUGCGGGUGGGAGGUCCCAGUUCACCCCAUUGCCAGCCUUUGGGAUCACCAGUCGUGAUUUGGGAUCAGUGUGGGAUGGGGGUGGGAUGCCCCAGUUCAUCCCAUUGCCACCCUAUAAGGAUUCCCAUUGUGAUUUAGGAUUGUAGAUGGGAUGUCCCAGUUCAUCCCAUUGCCAGCUUGUAGGAUCAGCAGUGGUGAUUUGGGAUCAGUGUUGGAUGGGGGUCAGAUGUCCCAGUUCAUCCCAUUGCCACCCUACAAGGAUUCCCAUGGUGAUUUGGGAUUGUGGGUGGGAUGUCCCAGUUCACCCCAUUGCCAGCCUUUGGGAUCACCAGUGGUGAUUUGGGAUCAGUGUGGGAUUGUGGGUGCGAUGUCCCAGUUCAUUCCAUUGCCACCCUAUAAGGAUUCCCAUGGUGAUUUGGGAUCAGUGUAGGAUUGUGGGUGGGAUGUCCCAGUUCUUCCCAUGGCCAGCUUGUAGGAUCAGCAGUGGUGAUUUGGGAUCAGUGUAGGAUUGUAGAUGGGAUGUCCCAGUUCAUCCCAAUGUCAGUAUUUGGGAUCACCAGUGGUGAUUUGGGAUCAGUGUGGGAUGGGGGUCAGAUGUCCCAGUUCAUCCCAUUGCCACCCUAUAAGGAUUCCCAUGGUGAUUUGGGAUUGUGGGUGGGAUGUCCCAGUUCACCCCAAUGCCAGUAUUUGGGAUCACCAGUCAUGAUUUGGGAUCAGUGUGGGAUGAUGGGUGCAAUGCCCCAGUUCAUCCCAUUGCCACCCUAUAAGGAUUCCCAUUGUGAUUUAGGAUUGUAGAUGGGAUGUCCCAGUUCAUCUCAAUGCCAGUAUUUGGAUCAGCAGUGGUGAUUUGGGAUCAGUGUGGGAUUGUGGGUGGGAUGUCCCAGUUCAUCCCAUUGCCAGCUUGUAGGAUCACCAGUGGUGAUUUGGGAUCAGUGUGGGAUGGGGGUCAGAUGUCCCAGUUCAUUCCAUUGCCACCCUAUAAGGAUUCCCAUGGUGAUUUGGGAUCAGUGUAGGAUUGUGGGUGCGAUGUCCCAGUUCAUCCCAUUGCCACCCUAUAAGGAUUCCCACUGUGAUUUGGGAUCAGUUUAGGAUGGUGGGUGGGUGCAGAACUCAGUUCCUGCAGAACUCAUGCAAGGAUUUCCAUUGUGAAGCAGGAACAGAAUGCAGGAUGCUGAACGGGCAGCCCAGAUGCGUCCCGCUGCCUUCCUGCAAGAACACCCGGUGUGGAGCAGGAACAGAAUGCAGGAUGGUGCAAGGCUCACCCCAGUGCAUUGCAUUGCCUUCAUGCAAGAACACCCAAUGUGAUGCUGGAACAGAGUGCAAGAUGGUCCAUGGGUCUCCGCAAUGCAUCCCUCUGCCUUCGUGCAAGAACACCCAAUGUGAAGCAGGAACAGAGUGCAGGAUGGUGCAAGGCUCACCGCAGUGCAUUGCAUUGCCUUCAUGCAAGAACACCCAAUGUGAUGCUGGAACAGAGUGCAAGAUGGUCCAUGGGUCUCCCCAGUGCAUCCCUCUGCCUUCAUGCAAGAACACCCAAUGUGAAGCAGGAACAGAGUGCAGGAUGGUGCAUGGGUCUCCCCAAUGCAUCCCUCUGCCUUCGUGCAAAAAUACCCGAUGUGGUGCAGGAACAGAAUGCAGGAUGAUCCAAGGCUCACCGCAGUGCAUUGCAUUGCCUUCGUGCAAGAACACCCAGUGUGAUGCUGGAACGGAGUGCAGGAUGGUGCAAGGCUCACCCCAGUGUGUUCCUCUUCCUUCCUGCAAAAACACCCGCUGUGAAGCAGGAACAGAGUGCAGGAUGAUCCAUGGCUCACCCCAAUGCAUCCCGUUGCCUUCCUGCAAAAAUACCCAGUGUGGAGCUGGUACAGAGUGCAGGAUGGUGCAAGGCUCACCCCAGUGCAUCCCUCUGCCUUCGUGCAAAAACACCCGUUGUGGUGCAGGAACAGAAUGCAGGAUGGUGCAAGGCUCACCGCAGUGCAUCCCAUUGCCUUCGUGCAAGAACACCCAAUGUGAAGCAGGAACAGAAUGCAGGAUGGUGCAAGGGUCUCCACAAUGCAUCCCAUUACCUUCAUGCAAAAACACCCGUUGUGGUGCAGGAACAGAAUGCAGGAUGGUGCAAGGCUCACCCCAAUGCAUCCCAUUGCCUUCGUGCAAGAACACCCGGUGUGGAGCAGGAACAGAAUGCAAGAUGGUGCAUGGGUCUCCACAAUGCAUCCCGCUGCCUUCCUGCAAAAAUACCCGUUGUGGAGCAGGAACAGAAUGCAAGAUGGUCCAUGGGUCACCCCAGUGCAUUGCAUUGCCUUCAUGCAAGAACACCCGUUGUGAAGCAGGAACAGAAUGCAGGAUGGUGCAUGGCUCACCCCAAUGCAUCCCAUUGCCUUCCUGCAAAAACACCCGUUGUGGAGCAGGAACAGAAUGCAGGAUGGUCCUUGGGUCACCCCAAUGCGUCCCACUGCCCUCCUGCAAAAACACCCGUUGCGAAGUAGGAACAGAAUGCAAGAUGGUGCAUGGGUCUCCACAGUGCAUCCCUCUGCCCUCGUGCAAAAGCACCCGUUGCGGUGCAGGAACUCGAUGCAAGAUGGUGGACGGGGUCCCCAAAUGCGUCCCGUUGCCUUCCUGCAACAACUUCCACUGUGAUACGGGAACAGCGUGCAGGAUGGUGGCCGGGUGGCCCCAGUGCGUCCCAUUGCCUUCCUGUAAAAGCACCCGUUGCGGAGCAGGAACUCGAUGCAAGAUGGUGGACGGGGUCCCCAAAUGCGUCCCGUUGCCGUCGUGCAAGAAUUUCCCCUGCAAGGCCGGAACGCGAUGCAGGAUGGCGGGAGGGUGGCCGCAGUGCGUCCCCAUCCCGUCGUGUCGGAUGUUCCCCUGCAAGGAAGGGACUCGGUGCCAGAUGGUGGCUGGGAAACCACGCUGCAUCCCCAAACCUUCGUGCCGUCACCUCAGCUGCGGGGAGGGCACGCGGUGCAAGAUGGUGGACGAUUGGCCGCGCUGCGUCCACGCUUCGCCGAGCUGCCGGGAUAUCCGGUGCCAGAAGGGGACCCGUUGCCAAAUGGUGGAAGGGUGGCCCAAAUGCGUUCACAAGUUGCUCCUCCGGAGGGAAUUGCGUCCUCUCUCGUGCAAUGACGUCCCUUGUGAGAGCGGGACGGAGUGCAGGAUGGAGGGAGGUUCGCCACGGUGCGUCCCAAGCAAGACGUCCCCAACGCAGCCAUCUUGCAGAGUGCAUUGCCCCAAAAGGACCACGUGCCAGAUGAGAGAUGGCUGGCCCCACUGCGUCCACCCCACACCCUCCUGCAGCUCCAUCCAGUGCCAGAAAGGAACGGAGUGCCAAAUAAUCAACGGUUGGCCACGGUGCGUCCAAAGUAAAGCAUCCCAAGGACAACCGUGCCAGGAUUUCCCCUGUCCUAAAGGGACUUCGUGCAAGGUGACCGAUGGCCAACCCCACUGCGUCCACAACCCGCCCUCCUGCCACGACAUCCAGUGCCAGAAAGGGACUGUGUGCCACAUGGUCAACGAUUGGCCUUGGUGUGGUCCCACCAAGGCGCCCCACGUCCUGAAUGUCCAGAAAGCUCCGUCCUGUGACGAUAUCCAUUGCCAGAAGGGGAUGGUAUGCAAAAUGCUGGAGGGUUGGCCCAAAUGCGUCGGCCCCGUGCCGUCGUGUGGGGACAUCCACUGCUCCCCGGGCACCGAGUGCAAGAUGGUCAACGGUUGGCCAAAAUGUGCUCACGAACCGCUUUCCUGCAGCAACAUCCAGUGCAAGAAGGGGAGCACGUGUCAGAUGGUGGAUGGUUGGCCACGCUGCGUCCAAAUCAAGGUGACACCAAGGCAGCCUUCCUGCAGUGACCUUCAUUGUCCUAAAGGCACCACGUGUAAGAUGAUGGAUGGACAUCCUCAGUGUGUCCAUGACCAGCCCAGCUGCAGUGACAUCCAGUGUCAUAAGGGAACCACGUGUCAGAUGGUGGAUGGUUGGCCACGCUGCGUCCAAAUCAAGCUGACACCAAGGCAGCCUUCCUGCAGUGAUAUUCAAUGUUCCAAAGGCACCACGUGUAAGAUGGUGGAUGGACAUCCUCAGUGUGUUCAUGACCAGCCCAGCUGCAGUGACAUCCAGUGCCAGAAAGGAACCACGUGUCAGAUGGUGGAUGGUUGGCCACGCUGUGUCCAAAUCAAGCUGACACCAAGGCAGCCUUCCUGCAGUGACAUCCACUGUCCUAAAGGGACCACAUGUAAGAUGGUAGAUGGACAUCCUCAGUGUGUCCAUGACCAGCCCAGCUGCAGUGACAUCCAGUGCCAGAAAGGAACCACGUGUCAGAUGGUGGAUGGUUGGCCACGCUGCGUCCAAAUCAAGCUGACACCAAGGCAGCCUUCCUGCAGUGAUAUUCAAUGUUCCAAAGGCACCACGUGUAAGAUGGUGGAUGGACAUCCGCAGUGUGUUCAAAACCAGCCCAGCUGCAGUGACAUCCAGUGUCAAAAAGGAACCACGUGUCAGAUGGUGGAUGGUUGGCCACGUUGUGUCCAAAUCAAGGUGACACCAAGGGACCACGUGUAA